UUUUUUUUUUCCCGGUGACCACGUGACUGGACAGAGGAGGAUGAGAGGAUUACGGAGGGACGCACAUAUAUAUAUAAGUGCAUCGCAGACGAUGCAAGCCACAAACUCGAGGAAGAAGUUGAUCUGAGCGGAGAUCGGCGGUCGCCUCUUGGGACUUCUGUGACGACAGAGACCCUCAGCAGAAAUGAACGCCGCCCCCCCUGCAGGAAGCGCCCUGGCCCCUGGUGGAUCCACCGGCCCCACCACGCCCAAGAAGGGACCGCCCAAGUUCAAGCAGAGGCAGACUCGCACAUUCAAGAGCAAGGCGCCCAAGCCAGGCCAGAAAGGGUUCGGUGACGACAUCCCCGGCAUGGAGGGUCUCGGCACGGACAUCACCGUGGUGUGCCCAUGGGAGGCAUUCGGCGACAUGGAGCUCAGCGACUUGGCCAAAUACGGCAUUAUUUAAGCAUGCCGCCUCCUGCCUUCCUAACCCUGACCUUCUCCUCCGUCUAACUCCCUACGCCCUCCUGCCUUCUCUCCGCCUCAGCUCGGCACGCCGCGAUAAGGCCGCCGGCAAAACCCCCUAACGCCCUCUCGUCUACCUACCUCAUGCUUCAGCCCACGAAGUGGACAGAGAGAAUAAUGAUGUUGUUAUUUUUAUAUUAUUAAUAUUAUAUGAUACUGUUGACAGUAUAUAUACUUGAAUGAGAAGACGAGAUCCCCCCAAAAACCUUUUCCCCUUCUUCCAUCUAAACCAGUCUGUCCCUGACUUCUCUAACCCCCCCUCUCCACCGCCGCCUCUCCUCACCCACGGCAAUGGACGCGAGCAAAAACACUAGCUAACACUAGCUUGUAUUUGCUUCUAGCUGUCUAUUAAAAAUGUAAAUACUUCGCUCUCUGUGUUUUUACCUCCCUUCCUACCUUUUGUAUUCCCCUCCUCGUUUAUUUUGCAUUGUAUUUUCUACUUCUUGCGCGCGGCACUGUUGUAAACACCACGGGAUCCACGGAGAGUGUGCACGAGGCUGUAACGGCGAAAAAACCGAAACGCUACGUACAAUGCAUUUCCACAGGAUCCAGAGGAGGAACUUUUACCUUUUAAUCCCGCUGUCCGUCAUCUCUCUGUCCUUGCUGUUACCUGAACCCCGGUUAGAGACAGUAACGGCCCGUGUGACCACACAGAGAUGUACUGUGAAAUGAUAGCUGCAAUAAAAUGUGUUUAUUUUUAGUAA